AUAAAUAAAAUUAGAAUAAUCAGUUUCCUCUAGAGGAUAUUCUUCGUCACAAAAUUAAAAAAAAAAAGAGUAGGAGAAGAGGGAAGCGACUAGCACCUUUUGUAGUUUUCCGUUUAUUUUCUGUAUAAGGCGGGUGAUUUCGGCUCCUUCAUCGGAAAUUAUGAGCAACGUUAUCGGCGAUCGCACUGAAGACGGCCUUUCCACCGCCGCUGCGGCCUCUGGCUCUACGGCUGUCCAGAGUUCUCCUCCCACUGAUCGUCCUGUCCGCGUCUACGCCGAUGGGAUCUACGAUCUUUUCCACUUUGGUCAUGCUCGAUCUCUCGAACAAGCCAAAUUAGCGUUAGUAUUUCUUAUCUCUUAGAGAUGAUUGUCCUGAUUUUCAUCUCUAAUUCGACUUUUUUUUACCGUCGCGUGCUCAAUUUUCGCCGUUCCAGUGUCAUUUUUCUCUGAUCUGUUGAGUCUGGUUCAUUGUAAGUUGUACAGUUUUUGUUUAGGUCGAGAGACAUAUCUUCCUUAUUAGAUAGUCUCGGUGAUUGAUUGGUCUGUAUUGAUUGAAAUCUGUGAUGUGCAAGGUCUUGUCGCGUAUGAUUUUAGUGAAUCCCUUUCUAAAUGUUGAAAUUUGCAAUAGCUGAUACUGUUUCUGGAUAUAUGUUCUUGACGAAUGUUUUCGAUUUUUUAUUAUUUUGAGGAGGUAUGAGAGAAAUUGACUUCUGGUUUCGUGUUCUUAUGGUGUUGCUAUGAUUGUGCCGUUUCUUAAUCGGCCGAGCAGGUUUCCAAACAACACUUACCUUCUUGUUGGAUGUUGCAAUGAUGAGACUACCCAUAAGUACAAGGGAAGGACUGUAAUGACUGCAGAAGAGCGAUAUGAAUCACUUCGACAUUGCAAGUGGGUGGAUGAAGUCAUCCCUGAUGCACCAUGGGUGGUCAACCAGGAGUUUCUUGACAAGCACCAGAUUGACUAUGUUGCCCACGAUUCUCUUCCCUAUGCUGAUUCAAGCGGAGCUGGAAAGGAUGUCUAUGAAUUUGUUAAGAAAGUUGGGAGGUUUAAGGAAACACAGCGAACUGAAGGAAUAUCGACCUCGGAUAUAAUAAUGAGAAUAGUGAAAGAUUACAAUCAGUAUGUCAUGCGUAACUUGGAUAGAGGAUACUCAAGGGAAGAUCUUGGAGUUAGCUUUGUCAAGGAAAAGAGACUUAGAGUUAAUAUGAGGCUAAAGAAACUCCAGGAGAGGGUCAAAGAACAACAAGAAAGAGUGGGAGAAAAGAUCCAAACUGUAAAAAUGCUGCGCAACGAGUGGGUAGAGAAUGCAGAUCGAUGGGUCGCUGGAUUUCUUGAAAUAUUUGAAGAAGGUUGCCAUAAGAUGGGAACUGCAAUCGUAGACAGUAUCCAAGAAAGGUUAAUGAGACAAAAGUCGGCAGAGAGGCUGGAGAACGGUCAGGAUGAUGACACAGACGACCAGUUCUAUGAAGAAUACUUCGAUCAUGACAUGGGUAGUGACGAUGAUGAAGAUGAAAAAUUCUACGACGAGGAAGAAGUAAAGGAAGAAGAGACAGAGAAAACUGUUAUGACGGAUGCUAAAGACAACAAGUAAGAACAAAUUUGGCUUGCAGAAACCUCAGAUUAGCUCUACUUAUGGCCACUUCUACUAAACUCCCUUAAGCCUCGCACUCUCUCUCGAAAUUCAUCUACUUAACAUAUAAUACCAAUGUUUAGAAAGAGAGAGUGUGUGAUGUGUUUGUUUGUGUGUGUUGAACAAACGAACGUGCGUGGUUGUCUUUGGUGAGUUGGUCUCAUCUUUGUUGAUUUUUGAAUGCGCAUGUAUUUUUUUCUUCUUUUUCAUGACGGGCAAAGUGUUAUGAAGUACAAUGCAAUUGUCUAAAACAGGAUAAGUCAAUGGUUCGUGUGUGCCAUAAAGUAAACAUCGCUGUGUACAUCUUCCAUGUUCCAAACUCAACUCGUUUUCUUCAAAUAUUGAAAUACAAAUUGGUCAAAAGUCGG